CAUACGAAAUUUUUUCUCCUUGUUUUUCCAAACUACACAUUGUUUUUUGUUGUACUGUUUUUAUACUGCACGUUGUUUUUACUACAUUUACUCGUAUUCAAUUUGAUUCGUUUAGUUUAGUGUUAGUGAUCGAAAAACUUUCAAAGAGAAAAGUUUUAAAGUUUCAUAAGUAAAUCACGUUUGACGUUUAUUAAGAAGAAAAAAGUGAUUUUUCUUUUUAUUCAAAAUGGCGGAAAAAACAGUUUAUAGUAGUAUAAUUGAUUUCAUAAAAACAAUUGAAAAACAUGAGUGCCUUUGGAAUAACAGAAUUCCAGAACUAAAUAAAAGGAGUCAAAUCAAAGCAACAUGGAAAAUAAUUUCACAUGAAUUUCAAGAACCAAUUCCAGUACUGCGUGAACGUUGGCGUAAUAUUAGAAAUACAUUUAUUAGAAGUAUGAAAAAAUCAGCUAAAGAUAAUCCUCCAGGCAGUAAAUCAAAGGGAUAUUAUUUAGCAAAAUAUUUACAAUUUUUGUUACCCCACAUACGGCAUCAUUUCGAUUUCGAUUAUAAUAUAUUGUAUCCCGAAGACCAAACAGAAAUAGCAGCUAUUAGCUCAGAUGAUGAAGAUUAUGAAAAUGAAAGUGCAAAUAAUGAAACUAGUAAUAAUAAAAUUUCUUUUACAAUAGAAGAUCCAGGUGAAUUAUCACCGACAACAAAUUAUCAAGAACCAGAAAUUACAACUGAUGAAAUCAAUCAACAGCAAUCACAGCAAAUUCAUUAUAAAACAAAAUUACAAUCUCAAAUAAAAUUUCAAAAGAAAAUACAAUUGCAACAUCAUACACAGAAUUUAGAUCCAUUACAAGACGAUUAUGUUGCAGCAACUAAAAGAAAAAGGGUUGAUUGUGAAAACUCUCAUUCUAUUCCCUUUGUUAAAAAUAGAGAAUUGGAACAAGAAGAAGCAAAUUUUUGUUUCUUAAAAAGUUUACUACCAGAUUUCAAUAGUAUGAAUAAAAUACAAAAUCGAAGAUUUCGCAAGAAAGUAAUAUCUUUAAUGGAAGAUAUAUUAAACGAUAGUGAUAUUAUAUUAAAUGAUAGUGAUCAAAACCAUCAUAAUAACCAUUUAUUAGCAACAUCUUCCUCGCAACCAUCUUUAAAUACAACAAAUCAACGAGAUACAUCGGAUCGCUACAAAAAUUCCACAAAUAAUAUUGUUACGAGACAAAGAAGAUAUACAAAAUGA